AUGGCCAAGCAGAUUGAUUAUCAACCUGCAAAUCCUUCUAAUAUAUCCAUGGCAUGUUAUGUUACAGAUUCAGCCAGCAUCCAAAAAGCGGUGGAGGCAGUGCAAGCAAGCCUUGGCGCAACUGGGCUCAACUUACUCAUCAACAAUGCCGGAAUAAACUCUUAUGCAACUCUAGAAACCCUCACUGCUGACGACAUGAUGGCGGUUUACCAAACAAAUGUGGUUGGCCCAUUAUUGGUGAGCAAGGCUUUUCUACCCAGUCUGAAGAAGGCAGCACAGGCCCUGGAUUUGGAAGGGAUGAGCUGUAACAAGGCAGCAAUUAUCAAUAUCACCUCACUACUGGGAUCCAUUAAAUUGAGUCAGAAGAAUUUCAGUCUUGCUCCUAUGUAUCCGUACCGCCUCAGCAAGGCUGCUUUAAACAUGGCGAGUAUGUGUCUUUCAGAGGACCUGAAGCAAUAUCAGAUCCUUUGUACUGCCAUCCAUCCUGGCUGGGUUCAAACAGACAUGGGAGGAAUGAAAGCUCCAUUGCCAGUUGCUGACAGUGUCAGCAGUAUGCUGAAAGUGUUUGCCAGCCUGUCGCAGUGUGACACUGGAAAAUUCCUGGAUAGAGAGGGAAAGGAAGUUGACUGGUGA